CUCAGUUGUAGUGGAUCCUCCACUAUGGUAUACUUUUGUGGAUUUUAAGUAUCAGCACUAGCAGUAACUAGAGUAGAUGCUCAAUAUAAAGACCAUGGAGCUAGGGUAAACAACAACUUAAAUUGUAGGAGCAAAAAUUACUUGCAACUAUAACAAUGAAAUACAUGAUGUUUGUUGUUGGAUUUCUUGUGCUACUGGCAAUCAUUGGAGCUGAUGGAGCUGGUGAAUGCGGCAGAAACUCUCCGGAUGUGGAAGCCAUGAACCUGAUUCCUUGUGCGGAAGCAGCAUCGGAUGAGAAUGCAUCUGUUUCAAGAAGUUGUUGUUUACAGAUUCAGAAAUUGAAACAGAAUCCGAAAUGUAUUUGUGCUGUUAUGCUUUCAAAUACUGCUAAGAGCGCUGGAGCCAAGCCUGAAGUUGCUGUAACCAUUCCCAAGCGCUGCAACCUAGCCAAUCGUCCCAUCGGCUACAAGUGUGGACCUUACACGUUACCUUAAAGACUGAAGAUUACUGGAUGUGUUACCUGGAUCAGUAUUGUGUAAUUAUGUUUGGUGUCUGCUGAUUCUACUGUGUGCUUAAGUUAUUGUGGUUUAGUUUAUAAAUCAUGUAUCAUGUACGAUAUCUGAUUAAUAUAAUAGUAUCUGGCGUCCUCUAUUUGACAGUGAAGAUGAUGCUUUAUCCUUUUCA